AAUCACAAGCAUAACUAUAAGCCUCUCAUUUCUUUGCAUUCUCUUAGUAUAUAAUUUUUCCUUUUUUAAGUAUAAAAUACAAUUAUACCAUGAUUCUUCCAAUCACCAAAGUUCAUUUUUUCUUACUCUUUUGCUUUCUUGGCACAAUUUCAGCUCAAUUAUCCCUUAACUUUUAUAUCAACUUAUGUCCUCUUGUGCUUCCAACCAUUAAAACAGAAAUAAUUGCUGCUGUGGCCAAUGAGCCUCGCAUGGGGGCUUCUUUGCUUCGUCUUCAUUUCCAUGAUUGUUUUGUUCAAGGAUGUGAUGCAUCAGUACUAUUGGACGAUACAUCAAGUUUCACAGGUGAAAAAUCAGCAGGUGCAAAUGCUAAUUCGCUGAGAGGCUUUGAUGUAAUAGACAGAAUAAAGUCUAAAGUAGAAAGGUUAUGCCCCAAUACCGUCUCUUGUGCUGAUAUUCUUGCUGUAGCAGCAAGAGACUCAGUUGUUGCCCUUGGUGGACCUAGUUGGGGUGUUCCAUUGGGCAGAAGAGAUUCAACAACAGCAAGUUUAAGUUCAGCUAACUCAGAUUUGCCAGGUCCCUCUUCUGAUGUAAGUGACCUUGCUAAUGCUUUCUCCAAAAAAGGUUUUUCAGUUAGAGAGGUGGUUGCUCUUUCAGGAUCACACACAAUUGGUCAAGCUAGCUGUAGAUUCUUCAGAAACAGGAUUUACAACGAGAACAACAUAGAUUCAUCUUUUGCAACAUCAUUACAAUCAAAUUGUCCAAGAUCAGGUGGUGAUUUAAAUUUGUCACCACUUGACACAACCACUCCAAACACAUUUGACAAUGUUUAUUACAAGAACUUGCAAAAUCAAAAGGGUCUCUUUCACUCUGAUCAAGUGCUUUUUGAUGAUGGAUCCACAAAGGCACAAGUUAAUUCUUAUGUUACCAACCCUUUAAGUUUUCGAGCUGAUUUUGCUAAUGCAAUGGUUAAAAUGGGGAAUCUUAGUCCACUUACUGGGUCUAAUGGUCAGAUUAGAAAAAUCUGUGGGAGAAUCAACUAAGAUUUUGGACCUUUUAGUAUUGUAUAAGUAAAAGUACAAUACAAGGUUAUGGAUUAUUCUAUAUAUUGUAAUCAUAAAUCUCUCAUUAAACUUAAUUAAUGUAAAUCGAUAUAUCAAUAUAUCAAUCAAUAAUAAUGUUGGUACCUAUUUAAUUGUCAAA